UUAUUUCUUUAAAAUACGACCUUGAUAUUAAUGACUUAGCGUGUUUGUUACAUGCAAGACUUGACUUAUGUUGCGUUUGUUCCCAAGUUUGAUCACAUAUAAAUUGGAUAACACAAGUUAAGUUUCUCAAGAAUUUCAUCUCUGACAACAUGAAGCAAAAGAUUGUGAUGAGGGUUCACAUGAGAUGUCAAAAGUGUCGCACCAAGGCACUCGAGGUUGUAGCUGGAGCAAACGGUGUGAAUUUUGUGGGAUUAGAGGGAGAUGAGAAAGACAAGAUAGUAGUUAUUGGAGAUGGUGUAGAUGCUGUCACGUUGACAAAAUGUUUGAGGAAAAAAGUUGGACAAACUGAAAUUGUCAGCUUAGGAGAAGUUAAAGCCAGUUGAAAAACUCAAAGAAAACAAGAGAGCAAGAUGUAUUUUUCCUUUGUAUUUUCCAAUUUUUCUUCUUCUUUCAACUUUUGGAUUGGUAUGUAAUGCAAUGAAAUGAAAAUUUAUAAAAUAGAAUGAGCAUAGUUGAGUGAAAUGAAACAUAGAUCAGACUCUUCUUUUAAUAAAUUAUGGUGAAAUUUUAAUGAAAAAUAGUAUGAGAUGGAAUAAUGUCAUCAUUUCCAUUCUAUUA